AUGUUCAUAAUGCUAAUCGUGACAGCACUCACUCCGACCGCUGACGCCACACAGACUAUCCGAUUCGAGAUGGAAGAGGAACGACCCAACGGAUAUCUUGUGGGUCUACUCAUCAAGCAUCUCCCAGACGCUAUUCUGACUGGCCCGGGUCAACUGACGUUCCGUACCAUUCAGGAUGGUCAUGCGCAUUUGUUUACACUCGGACCAACCGACGGACGAAUUCAGGUUGCGCAUCGGAUAGACCGCGAGGAGCUAUGCCCUGAUUCCAACGAACCCCGGGACACACUACAAAUCAAACCGGAAUGUUUAUUAACCUUUUCUGUCAAUCUGUUAAGACUAAACACUGUCGGUACGGAUAUUGUUGAUAUACUACGGAUCAUAAUCCUGUUGCAUGAUAUUGACGACAAUGUAUGCUUUUUCACUCCGUCCCAUCAACAACUGAUAAAAAUUCCGGAAAACAUGCCUCCAAAUAUGCUUUCAAACAUUCCACUUCAUGCCCCAUGUGACCUUGAUACUGGGCCAGGUAAUGGAAUAGAACAAUCAUUCAUUCGACUAAUAUUCCCUACUACUUUCACCUCAACUACUUCAGCAUUUUCUUCCCCCAACUCGUUUGCAUCUAUGUCCUCUUUAUCUGGAGCACUGAGUGAGAAACCGCCUUUUGUUUUGAAUAUGAACCGAACAGGACUGAUUACAAAGCCAUUCGCACUGUUUCUCGUUCCGCAACAGAUGUUUGACUAUGAGCAGACUAGUCAUUAUGAGCUCCUUGUUGAAGCAAGCGGAGCUAAUCGUUCUGAACAACGAAGUUGCAGACUAAAAAUUACAGUUCAAAUUGUAGAUCAAAACGAUUUUGCCCCACGAUUCAUACAAAAUCACUCUGUAAUCAAAAUUCCUGAAACGGCCAGUUUAAAUGUGCCAAUCUACACACUAUCCGCGGUCGACUCCGAUCUUGGUCCCCUGUACAGUCAAUUAAUCUAUGAAUUUGAUGUUCAUGCCACGCCAGCCGUCAAAGCUCGAUUUCGUAUCGAUCAUCGAAAUGGAUCAAUAUUCUUACUUGCUCCCCUCGACUAUCGGAAGCAAGCGUUCUAUGACAUUCCACUAGUAGUUCGCAACCCCCUACCUCAAGAGAAUACCGAGUCACCAUCCAGGUUAAGUGAAAUCUUACAAACAGCAAAUGAGGCACGGUUUAUGGAUCGAGCAUUGUUACAGGUACAGGUACUGGACGUGAAUGAUCAACCCCCAAUGAUCUCAGUAUUCACACCGGACGGUGGAGACAGCAUAAGCCUGCGUGAACAUACCAAAGACAUUCCACUCGACAUUGCUGUCGUUACAGUAGUGGACGAGGACACGGACACAGGAAACGCUAUCAAUUGUAGUCUGGAUGACUCUGUGCUCGGACAAUUCCGGUUAACACCAAUCAGUCCGGUAGGUAAACAGCAAAGUUUUCACAAUAAGAAAAGGGAUGAUACACCGUUGGAAGUGAUCUAUAAACUCUCAGCUCUGGCCUCCUUUGACAGAGAGGUGACCAGCUAUGUGGAUGUGAAAAUUCGAUGUCAAGAUGAAGGCUCACCUCCGCUUCGAGCAGAACACAUCGUUCAUGUACGCGUGGACGACAUAAACGAUCACCCACCCGUGCUCAAUCAAACCAAACUCCGACUCACCGUAACAGAGGAUAGUGACCCCAGCAGAAAACAUAUCGGUUACGCAGUUGGGCGAAUUGUGGCUACGGAUCCGGAUAUCGGAGUCAACAGUCGGCUCACAUAUGAGCUAGUUAGUCGUGACGAUAAUGCAGAUUAUUUUGUUGUUGAUAACGAGACUGGAAUGAUCAGAUCACGUGGGAAUUUGGAUCGUGAGAGACAGAACCACUUUCAGUUGGAGAUCAAGGUGACGGAUGGAGGAACACCGAAGCUUACAACAUUCGGAAUUGUUGAUGUGCAAAUAUUGGACUACAAUGAUGAGGCACCGAUAUUUGAAAAACAGGCUUAUGAGUUCCGAAUAACGGAGAAUAAUGGGCUUGGAGAAUUGGUUGGCAAUCUGCGUGCAUCAGACAAGGAUGAAGGCACAAAUGCCAUCAUACAUUUUCAUAUGGAACCGCUGACCAAAAUAGGGGACAGAUAUCGGCACACAUCACUCACAUCAAGCGCAUAUUUUGAAGAAGCCGCCAAACUACCUUUUGAUCUGGUCAGUUACUACGAUACCGUUCAUGGUACUUAUGAAAUUCGAAUAUAUGCUAGACAGGCUCUGGACCGCGAAACAGUCAAUCCUUCGGAUGAUGAAACUUCUGAUCCUUUACUCAUGCGAUAUGAUCACAAAGUUGGAAUGAGCAACACGAACGUUAAUAACGGAUUAAAAGCUAACCCAAGUUACAAAUUUUGGGUUGUUGGUGAAGAUGCAGGAACACCGAAACGACGUGGGCAGUCUCUGGUUCAAGUGUUUAUCGACGAUAUGAAUGACGAGCUUCCAAGAUUUCUGAGCCCGGACACGAAUGAUUCGUUGAUUAGUAUUUCGUACUUGGAAAAAACGGGGCACAUGAUCCGCCAAGUAAGUCAUACAUAUAUCCGAGGUUUUAUUCUUCCCAAUGAUUCAAAUUUUAAAAUAUGUUGGUUCUCUUAA